CGUGCAAUAAAUACAGCAGGUUACCUGGGCGAAACGGUUGCGUCGCAGGCACCUGGUUUCUGUGAGCAGAUGCUUAUGCGCUCUCUCAAUGGCAGCAAUGAAGCUAGCGUGUGUCUACAAAGGUAUUUUGGUUUCGGCUUUAGCUUUAGCAGUAUGCAAAUGCUGUGACGCUCAAGCAUUUUCUGGGACCACGAAAUGCGCACCAUUUUCGAAAGGACAAAAACCGUCCGACGACCUCCUACUGCACCCCACGAACAACCAGAUUUCUAAGAAGUCACUGGACGAAAUGAGAGCAGCCAGCCGUGUCUGCCUCCCAGCUCCCGGCCAAAAUUUGGAAGCCUACUCGGGAUACAUUCCUGUGGACGAGGGCAGCCACUCUUCGUACAUGUUCUUCUUGCACAUUAAGUCGGAGGAAAAGCGCGUUAAGAAGCCUCUUCUCCUGUGGUUGCAAGGAGGCCCAGGCAAAUCUGCACUCUUUGGCCAGUUCCUGGAGAAUGGCCCUCUCGGAAUCGGCGUCGCAAAUAAUCUUUAUAGGAGGGAGCAUAGCCUGCUCAAGCAAUUCAACAUUAUCUACCUAGACCAGCCCGUAGGGGCGGGAUACAGCUUCGACAGAAAAGGAAAAUACUCUACGUCGCUCGAAGAGGUUUCUAUCCACCUGAUGAAGUUUCUCAGACGUUUCCUGAGAAUUUUCCCCGAGUACAAGGGCAGUGACUUUUACAUCGCAGGAGAGUCCUAUGGAGCAAGGUCAGCCGUUGGAUUGGCAAACAAGGUAUUGACGCGAACACCGGAAGAACUUCCCUUGCGCUUCAAGGGGGUCAUGCUUGGCGUCGCGUUUCUGUUCCCGUUGCUGGACAUUGUCAACUCAGCUGACUACCUCUACUGCGCCGGACUGCUAGACGAUCAUGGUCGCGAGCUAUUUGCCGGGAGAUUUUCUAUGAUACAGAAACUGGUCUCUGCGAAGCAGUAUAAGAACGCUGCUGGACUACUCAGCCAAACAGUUUUUAACUUGCAAGUCCAGGGCCAACACAGUUUAUUCACAAACCUCACCGGCUUCCUUGACCAUGGGAGCAUUACAAGCCCUCAAAAACCAAGAGAAGUUUCGGCGUACUAUCGCUACGCAAACAGUCCAGAAUUCAAGCAGAGAAUUCAUGUUAGGUCUUCCAGGACCCUUGACGGCACGAGAUUUCAGAUGGCAAUGCAAUUGGCGUUAAACGAUUUUUUCGUAGACCAGCGGGCAGUGUUUGUGGACGUUCUCAACAGAGUGCCCGUUCUUUUCUACACCGCACAGUUGGACGCUGUAUUUCCGGCCGUUAACAUUUAUCGGUCUUUCAAGAAGUUGCAGUGGCGUUGGUCUGAAGCGUUCAACAAGACUCAACGCACACCUUGGUACCGGAAAAACAAGCCUUCUCUGGGUCUUCUUGGGUACUUGAAGAAGGUUGGCACUCUAAUGUAUGCUACUGUCCUUUUCGGGGGUCAUCACAUAUCUUUGGAUCGUUCGGCAGCUGUAAGCGAAUUGUACGGUCACUUUGUGACGUUUACAAAUCAGCUUCCGUCCACCUCGCAACAGAAGGUUUGACAAGGAAACUGCUGUUAAUCAAUAAAACUGUUAAAAAUGUACA